UGCACGAUUGCCCUACCAGCGCAAGGAAAACGAACACAAAAGAGGAGACGACAGGACAAGCGCUAACUUUCAAGCUAAAGUUUAUUCCGGAGGCGUAACUUUCUGUCCUAGUGGUAUAAUCGGGUAAGACAUGGGGACUAAGAAAUAUUUAGGCUUGGCAUGUUGUCAGCUCCCACGGGAUAGGGUUGUGACAGGAGAUCGCUGGUCGAAUUGUUCGUUUCCCACUCCCGGUGGACCACACUAGAAUAAUCGUUGUCGUGAUUCCGGCUAAAUUAACGGAAGUGCACACACAGGGAGGCCGUGGCGUCUACUGGCAAGGAUGCCGCGGAGCCGCAGUCCGCGAUCCACUCCAUCGAGCUGUAUCCGGGCGAGAAGGCCAUGGAGGCUCUGCGCAACUGGCAACCUCCUGUGCGGGGCGGCACGCCGGCCUCGCCGGAGUCGAUGGAAGCCGAGUCGCCGCCCAUGCAGCAGGGUAGUGGCUGCCUGACCAGCUGCAUGCUUGUCGCCUGCCUGGCAUCGUGCGCCGCCGGCACCACUCUGGGAUACGCGUCCACGGCUGCGCAGUCCAUCGAGGUCCAGCCCUGGUACACGCUCGAGCGCCGGUCGCCCGACAACCGCUGGUUCGCCGACAUGCUGCUCCUGGUGGCCGCGCCCAGCGCACUCACCACGGGACUGCUACUGGACACGGUGGGAAACCGGAUGACGCUGCUGCUGGCCUCGUUCGGCCUGCUGGCCAGCUGGAUCACGCUGCUCUUCUGUUCCAACACGGUUUCGCUGUUCGUGGCGCGAAUCAUGUCCGGCAUCUUCCUGGGCGCCCUGUCCAGCUGCGUUGGUAUGCACGUGGCCGAUAUCUGCCCCAGCCGCCGGAGGGCCUUCUUCCUCGGACUCGUAGAGGUGACGCGUAACGCGGGCAUCCUGAUGGCCUACGUGCUUGGCUACUGCUGCUCGUGGGAGGUGCAGGCCGGGCUGUGCGUGCUGCCCCCUCUGCUGAUCAUGUGCCUGCAGAACCGCGUGCUGAACAGCCCCCAGUGGUUGAUGCGCAACGGCAGGCUGCGUGACGCCACACAUGCGCUGUACCGCCUGUACGGAACGAAUGUGCCGCCGGAGUUCACUGUCCGGGCAGCGCGCGAUAUCAAGAACACGUGGGACAGCAUGCCGGCGUACACGUCAGCCAGGCGGCUCGCCCUGGGCGUGCUGGUGCAGCUGGUGCCGUGUCUGUCGUGCGUGCAGCUGCUCCUGCUGCGGGCAGUCCAGGUUAUGGAGGCCCUGGUGGCCGACAAGAAGGCGGCCAAGCUGGCGGCCCUGUGGAUGCUCGGAGGUCACGUCGUCCUGUCGGCAGGCUUCGCCUCGGUCACGUGGCUGGCGGGAAGGCGCCACCUGCUGCUCCUCUCUGCCGUUAUGACAGCCAUGUGCGUCGCCGUACUGCGUCCGCUCGACCACCUCGCGUUCAGCGUCUGGUCCCUGGAAGAAUCGCCUGGUGAGACCAACUGGUCUGGCGUGCGUGCAGUCGGCCUGUUGCUGGCCAGCUACUCCAUAGGGCUGUGCCACGUGCCGGCGCUGCUGGUCGCCGAGCUGCUGCCCGGUCGCGUUCGGACCGUGGGCGUGGCGGGCGCCUGGACGGGACGCUGGCUGCUCGCGUUCCUGUUCGUGCACUUGGAUGGCUGGGUGCUGACGGCGGCUCGCUACAGCGGCUCGCUCCCGUUCUGCGCGGUGCUGCUGGCCGCAGCCGUGGCCGUGUUCGCGCUGGUGCCCGAAACCGAGGGCCGCACACUCGUCGCCAUCCAGAAGGAGCUCUGAACUGUGGAACUUUUCAUAUCCCAGAUACACCCACAGUGUGGAAGCAUACUGUAUUUAAUUUAAAGAAAACUUUCGUUAGUAUAGCAACAGACUCGACCCGACUGGGGAGCCACCCGCAGUGUUGAAUUAUGUUCACAUGUUCUCAUUUUGUUCAAUACUGUUGUUUUUAGCAAGGAAAUCGAUCACGAUAGGUACGACAUUUUGUUCCCAAGACAAAGAAAAAAUGCACGUUGUCUGAAGGCAAUUGUUCCUUGUGGUGUGCUUGUAUUAAUACGCCGUACGUCGUUGGUGGGAAGUUUUGUUUUUGAUCACCGACAUCAAUUACAAUAUUUGCAUCACAUUUAUUUAGAGAACUUCGACGUGUGCACCGGGUCCAAGAACAGAGAUCACCUGACUAAUAGCCUAUACGCACUUCUGC